UCUGAUAUCUUGCCAAACAUGACUCUGGGAUAUGCCAUCUAUGAUUCCUGUGAAAUGCAACACACGGCUGUGCAGAAUGCGCUCAAUAUUAUAUCAGGAACAGAGAAGAUGGUUCCAAAUUAUAACUGCUACAAAAAUAGUAAACUGCUAGGAAUUGUUGGCAACAGACUCUUUUCUUCAACAAUUUCCAUAGCCAGUAUAACUGGACUCUACAGGUACCCACAGAUCAGUUAUGGCGCACGAAAUGCUUUUCUUAAGAACAAAUUAAAGGACACAUCAUUAUAUCACACUUUUCCUGGUGAGAGAAGCCAGUACAGA